AUGGCAAAGGUUGUCUAUUUUAUCCUGCUGCUGAGUGCCGAAAUGAUUUGGAGUGCUUCUGUUAGCUCGGAUUGGAAUCCCGAUUGGCACAAUAGAACCAGCGAUAGAUCGUUGUCCCGACGGAAACGUUUUCUAUUGUUUCCAAUUAAUGGGCAACUAGUUAUAACUCUAGUCGGAGCAAAAAAUAUGCUGUUUAAAGCUCCUGCUUCAAACUUCCUACUACUGGAAAUGGAUAUAUACUAUCCUCUCCCGGACUACCGGUAUCGCAUAGCAUCGCUACGGUUAGGCACAAUUGCAGAACUGCCUGGAGCUCCGAAACCUAAACCACCGACUCCAAUUCCCGUGCCGAUUCCAAUGCCCCCACCGUCGCCGAAACCGAUUCCGAUGCACGUCGACGGUCAGGAACCAACCGCGGAGGAGGUUAAACAGUACCUGAAAACCCACCCAGAAACUUGGGUCCCCCCGGGAUACAGUCGAGACCGGUCGGAUAAUUUUAAAAAUAUUUACACUAGUCAGUACCAUCAUCACCAGGAAGCGACGGAAUCUCCAUACCAGGAAGACGACGGCACUCAGGCGAUCAAUUUGUGGCACUCAUCGCCGGAGAAUUACAUCGAACGAUAUUUCCCGCGACGAAAACGAUCCCUCCACGGGACGGAAGAGAUCGACUACGAGCUGGAGGAAGAGGAGGAUCGAUUCAACAUCAAGCACCAUCGCGAUUGGGAGCACUUUUACCACUAUCGGGAGAGACGGGAACUGUAUCGUGUGCUGGAGAAGGAAGCUGCUGAAAGGUUUGAUUUUCCAAUGAAAGCUUGUAUAUUGAGGUCGAUCUGUGAGGUACGUGACAUGAUGCCUGCCACUGGAAAGUCGAUGAUGUACGACAUUGUUCGGACCGUUUUUAGUAUUCCACUGAAGGAGGAACUGAUGGAUGAGUACAGCACUGCAAAGCGACACGAGGAGCGGGAUUGUCACAAAAUGUACGGUAAAAAGUGUCCCAUAAGCAUAGUUCAGCUGCUACUGUACGGUAAACUUGUUUGGUAG